GACUGUGUGAACGCUAACUGCGCAGACAGUGACUCGAAUCGGUGCAGCACAGCCAUACGAUCGCUAUGGCGCUCGCACGUUCCUCACCAAGCAAUAUUGCUUGAAAUCUGCCCAUUUGAACCAGCCUAUCGCCGAGCCUCGAAAUAUGGACUCGUCCUCAUUCUCGCCGGAUAUCACCUGGCCAGCCAUCGAUGAAACCCUCGUCAACACGACACUUAACUCCCCGCCCUUCGUGCUCGUCGAGGGCGUCAUUAACAUCCGCGACUUCGGCGCGCGCUAUCUGGCCGCCUCGCGCAUCGUCAAACCCGCCGUGCUCUUCCGCUCUGGCGAGCCGUCGCGCAUUACGUCCCGUGGGGUCGACUCGCUCCGUGUGCUCGGGGUCAGGAAGGUGUUCGAUCUCCGCGCGGACGUCGAGAUCAGCAAGUACAAUACUCCGAAUGCGGCGAUCGAGGGUGUCGAGUUCGUGAGAGUGCCUAUUUUGGAUGACGCGUUUGAUCCGGUGGGGAUUGCGGAGAGACUGAAGACCUUUGCAACGAGCGAAUCUGAAGCUUUCUUGAAGUUGUAUAUUCAGAUCCUCCUCUCCGGAGGGCCUGCGUUCGAGGUCAUCCUCACGCACCUUCGUGAUGCGCCCGACGUGCCCUGCUUGCUGCACUGUACCGCCGGCAAGGACAGGACAGGCGUCUUCGCCGCGGUGAUCCUGAUGCUCCUCGGCGCCAGUGACGACGACAUCACGAAGGACUACACGCUGACGACGUAUGGCCUGCGGCCUGCGCUUCCCCUUCUGGCUGCGCGCUUCCAGAAGGACCACGUAUAUCGCGACAACUGGGCAGGCACCGUCAACAUGAGCACCGCCAAGCCGCAGUCGAUACAGAAUAUCAUGAAGUACAUUCACGAGCGCUUUGGCGGCGUGGAGGGAUACUUGAAGACGCAUACGAGCUUGAGGGAGGAAGACUUUGCGAGGAUCAGGGAGAAUUUACUCGUCCCGGUGCAGUUCGAUGCGAGCAAUUGAGUCAUUUGGGCGUACAAAAGCACAUCUGUUAAUGAUCAAUGCUCACGAGUUGCGACGCCCUGUGGUUUGCCUUCUCAGAGGCCUGGACUUGAAUGCGCGUGAGUAAAUUGAUGCAAUGGACGACAGGUCCAACGUCGUCCUCUUUGAAA